AUGUUCUUCAUCAGAGGGCUCCUCGUGCUGACCGGCAGCAUGCUCAUGACCAUUACAGCUGCAGACAACUGCUACGGAAUGGCGUACGAGAAUAAGGAGCCAGGAGUGUGCGAGGGUCAGGAACUUGCAUGGGUGAUGCAGUCCGGCGAGGGGCAAUCGCCAUGCGUUCUUCUGAAUCAACCCGCCCAAUGCGGCAUGGUCAGCCGCUGGGAGAGCACCGGCGGUCAUUGCACAUUGAGCUAUUACCAAGGGGGCUGCGACACGAUACCCGUUGGCUACCAGAUUUGCAGCGACAGCAACGGCCCCUUCCAAACGAACUUCACCCACUUCCAAGUGGAGUGCGUCGACCCCGACAGCAAUCAUUGA